UGCUCACCACACAGCAGAUACACAAGACAGACGCGGAGUGGAAGCAGAUAAAAGUUAACUGCUUAAACAGACUGAAGAGAGACAGAUAAAGGCAGACAGAGACAGAGACAGUCAGAUAGACAAAGAGACAGGCAGGUACCUUUGUGCUACUGUAAAGAUUUGAGACAGACAGGCAUAGAGAUAAAGGCAGAAAGACAGUGGACACAUAGUGUAGUUCAUCUUAAUGUAAACUGUCAUUGGUCACAGCAGGGGAUGUCAACAGACAGACGGGCGGACUGUGAGAGUGAGACAGAAAUACAUUAGAUCAGGCAACAGGAUGUUGUCAAAAAAGGAGGAGCGGAGGUCGUUCGGCAACGGGCCGCUGAGAGACCAAUGGGAGAAGAAAGCUCAGAGCAUCUCAGAGCAGAACAAACAGGAGGCCGAAUGGAGGAAGAAAAGUUCCAACAAAAUAUGUUUCUCGAAGUGGAAUUAUCACUGGUCACUAGUCUCCAAUGGAGACUUCCAUCAGCUCACCAGCAGUGCAGAUGAUGCGGAAAAAAACAAGCCAAAAAUCAAAUUCAAAGUCGUCCCCCCUCCUCCCAAACCCAAACAUGAGCCUGCCCCACCACCGCCUACUCCCAGGAAAACAGCUUCGCCCAAACCUUGCAGGCAGAAACGUAAAGUUGAAGUGGAUGUGUUCGGGCUGUGCUGGAGAGACUCCUGGAAGAGCUUGAAGCCUCCAAAGUAUCUGUACCUGAAGACCAAAGAGACAAAAACUACAAUCCCAGGAUUCACAACCAUAGAGCUGACUAACAACAGGGAGUACAAACCACCGGGGUACGGAUCAGAGGCCGAGUGGGAGUCUCCUGCUGAAAAAUGGAGUAACUCCUGGAAACAGGUGAAGAGCCCUGCCCAGUUGGAGCGCACUGAGGAGAACAAAUUCCAAUGGGAGAUUCCGAUUGAACGGAAACCGGUUGGCAAAGCUGAGAUAGAAGUCUUUUCUCUUCCCGUCUGGGCCGGUACGUGGAAGUUCAUAAACUUUGCCUUCCGGCAGCAGCAGAAGUACUGGGAUAGAAUCUGGCCUGAUUUCCAACAAAACCCCAGCAACAAGUUCGACAAAGUACACCAACUGGAGGAGCAGGACGAGCCCUCAGACUGGGAGGAUUCAUGGAAACUGUCCGAGGCAGAACUUGAACCAAAAGACACCACAGAGUACGAGGCCCCGACUGCAGGAUCCUCCGGCACUGACACCACAGUGAUGAUGAGGCUGAACGAAGUGAUCCUGCCCGGCUGGAGGGACUCCUGGCUGCUCUCUGCGGCCCCCCUGGAGGAAGAAGAAGAACGUCACAAGAACUGGAACUCCUGCUGGGGAUUCAGACAGCAGAUCAGGUGGUGCAUGGCUUCUCUGGAGUCCCAUCAGCGACACAGCGCCAUGCUGACUAGGAGACGUAAAGCCACAAACCUCGUCCUCGCAUCACGGCUGGACGAGGAGACGGCAGAUAACACGGAGUGGACAGAGGCCUGGAGAACUCCUAAAAGACGGAUCGAAGCAAAGGAGGACAAAGUAACCGAGACGCAGGAGGACGAAGUGGAGGAGAUGAUGGAUGACACAGAGGAGGAGGAGGAAGAGGAGGAGGAGGAUGAAGGAGUAGACAACGAGAAGGAUAUAGAGGAGGACGACGAGGGAGUAGAUGAGGAGGUGGAGAAGGAGGAAGACAAGGAGGACAGGAGCAGAGAAAUACACAAGAAGGAAGAAAAAGACAGUAACAAGGAGGAGGAGGAUGAAGGUGUAGAUGAGGAGGAGGAUGAUGAAGAGGAGGAGGAGGAGGAGGAAGUGGACGAGGAGGAGGAUGAUGUGAUAAACAAGAAAUACAAGGACAAAGAUCUGGAUAUAGAGGAUGAAAACGAGGAAGGAGACGAAGAGGAGGAAGAAAAAGAUCUGGAUCAGGAGGAUGAAAGAAAAGAAGGAGAUGAUGAAGAGGAGGAGGACAAAGAAACACACAAGGGGAGGGAGAAGGAGAAAAAAGAGAAGGGUGAUGACCAUGAGGAAGAUGCAAAAGAAGACGAGGAUGACGAGGAGGAAGAAGAACAUGAGGAGAGGGACAAACACAAGGACAAAAAUGUAAACCAAAUAGGUGAGGGGAAUGAAGAUAAAGAAGAACAGGAGGAGGAGGAGGAGGAGGAGGAAGAAUUAGACGAGAAGGAAAGAGACAAAGUUGCAAACAAGGAGGAUGAGGAAGAAGUAGAUGAAGAGGAGGACAUAGAAGCAAAAGAAAAAUACAACAUGGACAAAGUAGAGGAAGAGGAGACUACACAAGAGGAGGAGAGUGAAGAAGUGGAUGAAGAGGAGGACAAAAUAGCAAAUAAAGAGGAAGAUAAAAGUGCAGAGGAGGAGGACGAGGAAGAAGAAGCAGAAGGCAAGGACGAAGAUGAAGAAUUAGACAAAGAGUGGUUAGAGAGAGACUCAGACAAAGGUGACAAGCAGGAGGGCAGAGAAGGAGCCGAGAAGGAGAGAGUGGACAGGGAGGGGGGAAAUGAAGAGAUAGAGGAGGAUAGCAUAGAUACAAGGGUGGAGGAUGAAGAAGUAGACAAAGAGGAGGAAGGAGAGGACAUGGAGGGUGAAGCAGACAAAGGCCGGGAAAAAGACGUAGACGAGGAAGAGGAGGAGGAGGAGGAGGAAGUGAAUCAGAGGGACAAAGAAGAAGAAGAUGGAGUAAAUAAGGAAGAGGAUGAAGAAGUAGAAGAAGGAAAAGAUGAAAUAGACGAGGGAGAGGAUGUAGAAGUAGACAAGGGAGAAGAUGAAGGCGAUGAGGGAGAGGAUGUAGACGAGGAAGAGGAUGUAGAAGAGGAAGUAGACGAGGGAGAGGAUGUAGAUGAGGAAGAGGAAGUAGACGAGGAAGAGGAUGUAGAAGUAGACAAGGAAGAUGAUGUAGAAGUAGACAAAGAGGAGAAGACAGAAGCAGAGGAGGGCGACAACGGUGACAAAGAAAAAGAAGAGGAAUACAACGUAGACAGAGAAAAGAAACGAACCAAACGCAAACCGGACGUCCCACUCCAUCUGCAGUUCCAUAAACUACACGCGUCCUUCUCCUCCUGGAGGAAGUCGUGGAUGGUGGCGGUAGCACGCAGAGGAGGAGACGAAGAGGAGGACGAGGAAGAGGACGAGGAGUUGGAGGAGGAGUGUCGGGCUUGGAAAGAGUCGUGGAGGAUUUGCCGCUGGAGGAAGCCCGACGAUGACGAGGUGGUGUGCUUCUCCACCGCGAACCGGAGUCAGCGAUACAUUGGGCUGAUGCAUGCUGGGAUGCCAAAGAAGGAAUGGACUCUCAGCUGGAAGACAAACCAAGACUGUAGCAAAGGAUGUAAACACUGAAGUGGAGGAAGAAGAGGAAAAUGAAGAAGAGGAAAGCUCUUUUGCUCAUUUAAGAUUGUAUUAAGUAAGGAUUAAAGGGAAGGACGGAACUCUCCUUCCUCAGAGUGAAACUGGAAAGAAAACCCGGAAUCAUUCAC